AUGGCCGCGGGCUCCGCAGGCAACCCUUUUCGGGUCGCCCUGUUAGGCCAUUACCAAGCUGGAAAGGCGGUUUACAGAUGGUUGAAGGCCAAUGGGUGCCAGGCACAGAACGACCCCAGCGGUCCAUGGACGCUGCCCUACCCAGUCGGCAACGCUACCAAGGUCGAGUUCGCAUUCCAUGACACCUUGAAUAAGGACCUGCAGAAGUCGCUCAGUGCGGUCAGCGAUAGGAGGCUGGAUGCAUGGAUGCUGUUCUUCGACAAGUCUGACAUUGACUGCCUGUCACCUAACACCGGCAUUCCCGCAUGGAUGGGGGCGCUGAAGCAGCACCAGGCGCAAGCGGACCUUGUCUUCCUGAUAGGCGUCGAGAGGUUGGGCUACCUAUGCACAGUCGACACGCAGCAGGCAGAGGCCUUUGGCAAGCAUCAUGGCAUGACGCUCAUCGAGACAAAAGCAGUUGGGGAGGGGAUGGAUAAAGAUACAAUGAUGGCCAUGAUACGCACUAUGGCAAUGGAGUUUGUUCAAAAACACAAAAGUGAACAGACCCGAGGAGUAGAUCAAUGCAAGGAACUGCUGAUGCACAGCCAAGAAACUUGCAAGGCUGGGAAUCUGAAAACAAAUGGCAAGCUCAGACAUCAGCAUGAGCAGCCUAACAUCACAGGGAGAGAUGCAAUGGACUUGGCUGCAUCAUUCGAUGGCCAGAGCAAAGAACACCCUGAAUAUCCUCAAAUCGAAGGGACAACUUCGAUGGUCAUCGCUGCAUCAUUCGAUACACAACUUCAGUCACAUGGCGAGAAAGAACGCGACGCUUUUCCUGAAGUGCCCACUGCGGACAGCCCCCACAUCAGCUUCGACAAGGCGAGCGCCGGGGACGGCACGGAGGUUUUCAAGAUCCUGGAUCGCAGCCGGCAGCCGCUGAGCUGGAGGGAAGUCAUCGAAAUGUGGAAGAACUACCCCGAGUUCGCAGUCAUGUUCUCCCAGACCCUGGCUGCCUCCCACCACCAGGCCUUCUUCUGGGAGACCGUCCACUUCACCAGGUCCACGCUCCAGAAGCCCUUCGAGAUGGUGCUGGUGGAUGCCCCUGGUCUGGCGCACACCCGGCCCAACCCAAGCCAGUUCAGGGACAAUCUGGUGACUCACGGGCAGGGGUCCAUCGCCGUGUUUUUGAACCUGGGCCGUGACGCCCUGUUGGUGUCCCCCUGUCGAAUCGGCCGCGACAAUUCUCCCUACGGCCACCUGGCGAGCUUCGUGAGGGACGCGCCCGAGCAGCAGAAGGUGGAGUUCUGGUCCACGCUGGCCGAGGCGAUCGAGAACAGGCUGAUGGAGGUGGGGGAGGAGCCCAUGUGGGUGAGCACCUCGGGCCUGGGCGUGCCCUGGCUGCACGUGCGCCUGGACUCCAGGCCCAAGUACUACCAGCACAUGAGGUUCAGGAACGCGGGCAGGCAAGCCGACCACCACCGGGGGGGAGGGCUUUGGGGGAGUCUUGGAACAGGGAGUACCAACUAUGGGAGCAACGGGUUUGGUGGGCACGGCCACGGAGGCGGUGGCUGCGAGCACGGUCAAGAUGCCUUCGGCAGGCACGGGCAUGGAACAGGUGGCUAUGAGCAUGGUCAGGAUGAGCCUGGAGCAGCUGCCGCAGUUGCUAACGGCAAUGCAUUUGGGGGGCGUAGUCGCCGUUCGUCCCAUCAUGGCCAUCAUGCGGGCACUUAUUCCCAUGGGUGGCGCCCACACUGA